AUGGCGGAACUGCUGGAGUCGCCGGAAGCGGAAUUACGUGACCCAGAGCCACCGGGGCCGGUUCCGGUGUCGCCGCUGCCGCCCAAGGCCGCGCUGUCCCGAGACGAGAUCCUGCGCUACAGCCGGCAGCUGGUGCUGCCCGAGCUGGGCGUGCAGGGGCAACUGCGCCUGGCCGCCGCGUCCGUGCUGGUCGUGGGCUGCGGUGGGCUCGGCUGCCAUCUGGCGCAGUACCUGGCAGCGGCCGGCGUGGGCCGCCUGGGCCUCGUGGACUACGACGUGGUGGAGACGAGUAACCUGGCCCGCCAGGUGUUGCAUGGCGAGGCACUGGCUGGCCAGGCCAAGGCCUUGUCGGCCGCCGCCUCGCUACGCCGCCUCAAUUCAGCCGUGGAAUGCGUGCCCUACGCUCUAGCGCUUACGCCGGCCACGGCGCUAGACCUGGUCCGCCGCUAUGACGUGGUGGCCGAUUGCUCCGACAACGUCCCUACUCGCUACCUGGUUAACGACGCCUGCGUGCUGGCCGGCCGCCCUCUAGUGUCUGCCAGCGCCCUGCGCUUCGAGGGCCAGAUCACAGUCUAUCACUAUGACGGGGGGCCGUGCUAUCGCUGCGUGUUCCCCCAGCCCCCGCCAGCGGAGACGGUGACCAAUUGCGCGGAUGGCGGGGUGCUCGGUGUCGUCACUGGAGUCCUGGGCUGCCUGCAGGCCUUGGAAGUGCUGAAGAUCGCUGCGGGCAUGGGCCCCUCCUACAGUGGCAGUCUGUUGCUCUUUGACGCCCUCGGAGGGCAUUUCCGCUGUAUCCGGCUGCGGCGCCGCAGGCCUGACUGUGCAGCGUGCGGGGAGCGGCCCACUGUGACCGACCUGCAGGACUACGAAGCCUUUUGCGGCUCCUCAGCCACGGAUAAGUGCCGCUCCUUGCAGUUACUGAGCCCGGAGGAGCGAGUUUCUGUCAGUGACUAUAAAAGACUUCUGGAUUCUGGGACACCCCACCUGUUGCUGGACGUCAGACCUCAGGUGGAGGUGGACAUCUGUCGUUUGCCUCACGCCCUGCACAUCCCUUUGAAACAUUUGGAACGGAGGGAUGUGGACAGCAUGAAACUCCUGGGAGAAGCAAUCCGGGCAGGGAAGCGUGGCACACAGGAAGGUACUUCUCUCUCCAUCUACGUGAUUUGCAAACUGGGAAAUGACUCCCAGAAAGCCGUGAAGAUCCUGCAGUCUUUAACAGCAGUUCAGGAGUUGGACUCUUUAACAGUUCAAGAUGUGGUUGGGGGUCUCAUGGCCUGGGCAGCCAAAGUCGAUGGAACAUUUCCACAGUACUGAGGUGACUGGAAUAAUGAGGAGAGAAAGAUGGUAGAAUGUCUUAAUACCUCAAAGACAGAUUUACUUACUUUCUUUUUUUUUUUUUUUAAGUAAUAUAGAGAAAAGUUUGGGAUUGUACAGUAUCUGUGAAUACACAGGCUCCUUUUUAUAAGGAGCUCUUUGAUUGUAGUGUAUUGGAUUUAUUAAUGGAUUAUAAUACUGUUUCUGAGAAUCGUCUUCUGGUUUCAGCUUUUUUAAAAAAAUAUUCUUUUUAAGUUUGCUGUAGGGCAUAUGUGAGAAAGAGCCGGAGAAGAAAAAUUAAAAAGCCACCAGGUGCAGGACUCAAACCAUGGUUGGCCAUGUGAAGUCCAGCACCUUAACCACUAUGCCACCUGCUGACACUUGUUUUCAGCUCUUAAAGGUGUCUUGAACAUGUGAAGCAUAAUAUGGCAGGAUUUUGUAUUUUAACUGCAGAUCAUUUACUUGUCCUGCAUUUUUUUCCAUCUUCCCCAAUCAAAAGCUAAGUCAUCAUUUUAUGCCUGGAAUUAAGAUGUGGUAAGUGUAGUCUUAGCAUAGUGAUCACAGAUGAUAUAUUUAGGGUCAGCUAAUUAAGACAUUCUUUAGGUUUCAUUUCUACUUCAAAUUGUAGAAUAUGUCUUGGAGAAGUGUUUUAACUUGGCUUCAGAAUCCAACUUUUGUUAUAUACAUGUAACAUUUUCUAACCUGUCUACUGUGGUUUGGCUUGCUUGAGGAUCUUAAAGACCAAGUGCCAACCUUUUGCCCUUCUCCUUUAAUUUGAUUUUAGUUUGAUUUAAUCUGCCAACAUUUUACAGCUGUAUAAAAUGAAGAUUUAAAA